ACAUGUGACUUAUGCUGCCGUCGUACAGCAGACGUCGUUUUAUUUUAUAGUCUGAAAUCUGAAUACACUAUGUUUCUCCAUAACCAAAAACAGAACACAGAACAGGAAAACACAAAAUUAUGUCGAUUCUUCUAUAUUUGAUCUUGUUUUUUCUUCCUUUCGCUCUUCUAACGUUAAUAUUCAGAAAUAAAAUCAAAGAUUCGAAACAGAAUCUUCCUCCAAGCCCAUCGAAGCUUCCGAUCAUCGGAAACCUACACCAGCUACGAGGGAUGCUUCAUAGAUCUCUUCACGAUCUCUCCAAGAAAUACGGACCUGUGAUGCUUCUCCACCUAGGCUUUCUCGAUUUGGUUGUCAUCUCAUCGAGUGAAGCAGCUGAAGAAGCUUUUAAAGUACAUGACCUUGACUGUUGUAGCAGACCUAGGACCACCGCCUCAUCAAACUUAUGGCGUGAUGGUCAAGACAUCGCCUUUGUGCCAUAUGGUGAGGUUUGGAGUGAACUGCGCAAAGUCUCUGUGGUAAAGUUUUUCAGAGCGAUAAAGGUUCGAUCUUUUAGGUACAUAAGAGAAGAAGAGAGUGAUUUGAUGGUCAAGAAACUUAAAGAAUCGGCUCAGAAGAAGAGUACAGUGGAUUUGAACCAAACAAUUUUCUAUCUAGUCGGAAGUAUCAUAUUCAGAUCCACCUUUGGGCAGCGUUUGGAGGAGAACAGGCAUGUCAAUAAAGACAAGAUCGAGGAACUCAUGUUUGAUGUCCAGCUAGUUUCGUCUCUAAGUAACUCUGAUCUUUUCCCUGCUGGGGUGGGAUGGUAUAUGGACUUUGUGUCAGGACGACAUAAGAAACUUCAAGGAGUUUUCGUGGAGGUUGAUACUUUGUUGAAUCAUAUUAUUGAUGAUCACUUAAGAAACCCUAUAGAAGAAACAACUCCCGAUCGUCCGGAUAUAGUCGACUCGCUCUUAGAUAUGAUAAAUGAACAAGAACAAGAUAAAUCUUUCAAGCUCACCAUUGAUAACCUCAAAGGAAUCAUCCAAGAUAUAUAUCUGGCUGGAGUAGACUCAAGUGCCAUCACCUUGAUUUGGGCAAUGGCCGAGCUUAUUAGCAACCCGCGGGUGAUGAAGAAAGUUCAAGAUGAGAUCCGAACAUGCAUUGGGAUCAAACAAAACGAAAGAAUCAAGGAAGAAGAUGUUGAUAAGCUUCCAUACUUGAAGCUUGUGAUUAAAGAAACCUUCAGACUACACCCACCAGCUCCUCUUUUACUUCCACGAGAAACAAUGGCUAAUAUCAAGAUCCAAGGCUACGACAUUCCUAGUAAAACAAUUCUUCUGGUUAACGCAUGGUCGAUAGGACGAAGCCCUGAUCUCUGGCAAAACCCUGAGGAGUUUAAUCCGGACAGGUUUAUCGAUAGUCCUAUUGACUACAAAGGAAAUAACUUCGAGCUGUUACCAUUUGGUUCUGGUCGGAGGAUAUGUCCAGGGAUAGCUUUUGCGAGUACCACUAUUGAGUUGGGACUCCUCAACUUGCUUUACUUCUUUGAUUGGAGAUUGCCUGAAGAUGAUAAAGGUUUUGACAUGGAAGAAGCUGGCCAUGCCACAAUUAUUAAGAAAGUUCCUCUUAAGCUACUCCCAGUUCUUCAUCAUUUAAACAGCUAAUAAAGAAAGAGAAAAUCUUCAUCUUCGAAUGAAACUUAUGUAAUGGUUGUUGAAAUAAAGAAAGUGACAUGUUGACGAGGCCCAUUGGUUUUUGAAAGUUUGAUUUUGCACCUCUCAAAGCUUAUCCUCAAAAACAAUUAUAUGUAAUGUUGCCGUGGUAAAGACGUCAUAAACUCUUUGUUUUAUUGUCUUAA